AUGCGGACUCCAUUGCGAGCGGCGAUAGCCAUUGCGCUAAUUGUAACCAUAUUUUUGGUGAAGUUUCACCUCGAUUCUAUCUUGCAAUGGAGUGAUCGAACUCCCGAGCUCUAUGUCCUAGAUGGCGAUACAUAUAUCGAGCUGGUCUCUGCCCAUACUACGACAUCCGCUUCACAUACCCAAACCCGGAGGAAAUGGGCCCCCACGGCCCGACCUACUCGUUCUGUGGUACUCAAUAAUCCGGAACCCAAGCGCAUCCCCGUUGAUGUCCCCGGUGCUGAAUGGGCCGGAGAGCUAUUCUGGAGAUCUACGGCGCCCGAAUUCUAUGAUUCAAUAGGCUUACUCGAAAAUCCCCAAAUACUCGCUCCGGUAGAGCAUGACGAUGCGGUGACACCUUCGUCUACUGCUCCUGCUCGCCCAAAGGUCACUCCAAAAUCGGACCGUGUAAUUGUUCUGGGGAAGAUGUCAUACGAAAAUACCGAUUGGCUUGACGAUCAGCUACCAGAAUGGCAACAUGCAGUCUAUCUCGUCGAUGACCCCGAAGCAGAUCUGCCAGUCGAACAAAACAAGGGCAAAGAAAGUAGUGCCUAUCUGCAAUACAUUCUGGACAACUACGACAAAUUGCCCGAGUACAUGGUCUUCCUCCACGCUCACCAAUACAGUGGUCACGUCGAAUUCUGGGAGCAGGACAAUGUGUUGAGCGUUCGAAGGCUGCAGCUCGCCUACCUCCGUCAAGUUGGAUAUCUCAACCUGCGCUGCGACUGGAGUCCGGGAUGUCCCGAUGAGGUCCAGCCAUUCCGGCAAACGGCUGGUCGCACUACCGAGCUUGCCUUUGCGGGUGCUUGGAUCCGUAUCUUUAACAACACAAACGUGCCUGAGAUUGUUGCUACGCCUUGUUGUGCCCAGUUUGCUGUCACCAAGGAGCAGGUCCUUCAGCGCCCACGGAGCGACUAUGAGUCGUAUCAUCAUUGGCUUAUGACAACCGAGUUGGACGAUGAGACGAGUGGUCGUGUCUUUGAAUAUAUAUGGCAUAUUAUCUUCGGGCAGGAUCCCGUCUUUUGUCCUGCAAAGGCGCAGUGCUACAAGGAUGUAUAUGCCAUGGAUUAUAAGGAGCCAGAUGAGGAUUUCUUCGGUGAUGAUAUCUGGGGCGAUUGGAAUGAUGAACCACCUGUGGAUGAAACACCUGCGCACGAAACGCCUGCACACGCACCACUCGCACAUGCAACACCUAGUGCAUGA